AUGGCCGCCGACGAGACAACGCCACUGCUCCCAAAUGGGACAGUUGACGCUAACAAUUCUCAAUCAUCAUCACCAAACACCGAUAGCGAAAUCGCCAACACCAUCGAAAACCAUCACGAUGUCAACAAUAACAAGAAAUCACAAUGGACACUCAACCCCCUCACCCUCCUCACCCGCCUACACGUCGAAACCCGCAUCCUCCUCGCCGCCUUCCUAAUAACCACCUCCUUCUCCUUCACCCAAGUUCCCAUCUUCUACGUCUUCUAUCUUAUGGAAUGCGACGACUUCUACACCCGUCACCCGCCCUACACCGGCACCGGCGACCGCUGCAGCCGCAACGAAAUCGCCGCCGGAACCGCCACCGACUUCUCUUUCCUGGCAAUGAGCACCACCAUCUGCGGCACCGUCAACCUCUUUUUCGCCGGCUGGCUGGUCAAGAAAAUCGGUCCUCGCUUGGCGCUCAUGGCCCAGGUUUUGGUACCCGCCAUCCGCGUGUUGACGCAAAUUCUGGGUGUCUUGGCCGGCGGCAGGUCGGGGAUCGUAAUUUUUCAGGCGACGCAGUUGAUCACCGUCUUGGGCGGGCCGGUGGGUUAUAUCCUCAUCAUCAACAUCAUUGUCGGCGAAGUGGUUUCGCCAGCGAGAAGGACUCCGGUUUUUGGCAUGUUGCAGGGGUGUUUCAUGCUCGGCCAGGCGGUGGGUUACUUGACAGGCGGCAUGAUUGGUGAUGCCUGGGGAAUACGGAGGCCGUUCGAGGUGGCGUUUGUUGCGUUUUUGAUCUCAACAGUCUAUGUGCAGUUGGCGCUACCGUACGUCAGCCCGGAGAGCAUGUCCGGCGGCAAGAAAACCGGGCCGCAAGCGAAGGGGAUUGCGGGCUUUUUUGCGCCGUUGAAGGUCUUGGCGCCGCAGAGGGUGAGACUGGGAAGUGGGAAGACGGUUAAGCACAUGGGUGUGCUGAUUUUGUGCACGGGUGUGUUUUUGGGUGUGCUGGCGACGGACUUUGCGGCUAUGCUUAUCCAGAUGUAUGCCACGGCUGUCUUUGAGUUCCACCAGAGCGACAAUGGCUGGCUUAUGUCUGAGUUUGCCAUGAUGCGGGCUGUCUUCUUGAUUGUCCUCUUCCCGCGCAUUAUCUCGUACGGUCGGAAAUGGUACGCGAAGCGACAGUCCCAACGCCGGCCGCGCCGCGAGUCCAUCUCCGAUGCAAGGGAUCCAGCUACUCAAGGUCUGCUCAUCCAACCCGAGCAACUGGAGGCUCCGAUGGGUACUCACGCUGAAGAAGAGCCCAUGAUGACACAGCCACCGACCGAGACGGAGGAUACGCACUUUGAUCUCUUUUUCCUCCGUUGGAGCUUGGUGGCUGAUGGGUUGUUAACUUGUUGCACUGCGUUGGCAACCAAGAAGUGGCAUAUCUACCUGGCUGCGGCUAUGCUUCCGUUUGCCAGUGGUACCGCGCCGGCCGCCAAGGGUGUGAUGACAGAGAUGUGCUCGCCUUCACAAAGGGCUGAUGCGCUCAAUGCGUUGACCCUGGUGGAGAACAUUGGCAGGUUGGCAACGCAGGGCUUCUUUGGGUUUGUCUUUGCUGCGUUAGCAGAGGCCGGGAAGCCUCAUUUGACAUUUUAUUGCAAUGCUAUUCUUGCCAUGAUCGCCGCGAGUGUCCUGAUCUUCUCCCGCUUCCCACCAAAUGGGAGCGAGUUGAUUGAGGCCGACGGUGCAGAAGAGCACGUCAAUGGAACCAGUGGAAGCGAAUGA